GAUAUGCUAGGGCCCUUGCAUUCACUUCUUCGGUCAUUUCAUUAUCUUUCAAAGUUUUGGGGUCUUUACGUGUAGCAAAGUAUUCUUGAAUUACAAAUGCAGUUUUCAUAUGUGAAACCCAUCGAUGGCGCCGGGACCAUGCCCCUACAAGCUCCGAUGGCGGUGACGUCGUUCCAGACGCCGAUGCCGCAGCCAUCACCUUUCCAGUCCCAGCUGGUCAGCACCAUGGCCUCUGUCAACUUGACCGACGCACUUAACGCUGCGGGGCCGUCGCGUCCCCCGCAAGCUAUGAAUCCGCAGAUCACUCCUGAUGGUCAUUGCGUCUUGAUUGAGAGCGAUGACGGCGAGUGGGACAUCCCGAAGGCCCACAAGAAGAAGAAAGGAAAAAACAUCCGGCCAGCGACCUCCCAAAACUCCGCCUUCGAAAGGCUGGGGGAUAGGGAGGAAGGCCAGAGGAAGUUAGCCAAGCAAAGGCUGGGGCAGAGCGUUGCCCAUGUCAGCGCGUUCGCCCGGCUAGGCGAGGUGCGGGAGGCCGAGCCUGCCCGCACCCGGCGCUCCUGGUCUAACCGGCAAGAGCCAGCGAGGACGAGGGCCUCUCGUCAAGAAGAGGAAGUAGAGAGCCAGCCCAGGCUACCGGUGGCAAACCGGUUGACCAUCCCAAAUGACCGCGUCCAGCAGAUGGAGGCAAAACUAGAGAGGCUGGAAAAGAAGGUCGGGGAGAAGAAUGACCGGGACAAACCCUUGGCGGGGUCCCCGUUCACCACAAGGGUCCAUCUGAAACCUUUCCCGCGAAAGGUCAAGAUCGAUGCCCCUAGGUUCACCGGGAAGGAAGAUCCGGAAAUCCAUCUGGACUCCUUCAACCAGAGUGCAACCAUGAACGGUUGCACUGAUGAAGAAAAGUGCCUUCUUUUCUUCCAGACCUUGCAGAACCGAGCCACUGAAUGGUUCAAUAAGCUUCUCCUGGGAAGCAUUGACUCGUUCAGUGAUUUGGCCUCAAAAUUCAAGGCCAAGUUCCAGGAGAAUUGUACUAAGAGGAAGAAACUCACCUAUCUUACUAUAGCCGGGCAGAGGGAGUCUGAGAACCUUACUCAGUUCCUUACCUGGUGGAAGGAAGAGGUGGACAAGGUGGAAGAGAUGGAUGACAAAACCGUCCUCUCCCUCCUCUUGAAUGGCUUGCGCGCUGGGGAACUAUACAAGGAGUUCUGCCGGAAACCCCCAGCCACGUACCAAGAGGCCUACCAUAAUGCGUGGGAGUUUGCUGAGGCUGAAACUCAACUCCGGGCAAAGAGAGAAGCUGAGCAUGGUCACAAGUCCAAGCCGGUGCAAGUCAAGAAGGAAGAAGCACCGGGACCUAGCCGGCCGAGGCACCACUAUGACCCAGUCAUCCGAGUGGUCAAUACGGAAGAAUGCCAAGAAGUCCGGAAAGCACCGGUCAUUCCUCUAGAAAACCCUACCGGUCAAGUAGGGCGGCAGUGGUCGGGCACCUAUUGUUCGUACCACAGGUCAGAUUCCCAUAACACCCACUACAAGAAUUUGUCUGGUCUGCAACGGAAAUCUGCUACAGACCCUUUACCGUAGCAGAUCUGCAACGGAUCAGCGACGGUUCCGUAACCUAUGAAAAAAAAUAAAAUCUGCGACGGACGUCAUUUUUCCGUUGCAAAUCAGCAACAGAAUAUUUUACCCUGUCGUAAAUUUGAAUAGGUCAAAUUUUGACCUGGUUAUCUGCGACGGACCCUGAAUUCCGUCGCAGAUCCGUCGCACGGAAGUACUAAAAAACAAGAUUGGUUUUUUCCCAGCCAUUCGUCCUUCAAACCUAAUCCCAAUUUCUCUCUCUCCCUCACCCGUCCUUCAAACGCCACCCCUCCCCCACCCUCUACGCCCGUCCUCGCCGCCGACGCACGUCCUCGCCGCCAG